AUGGCUGCCCGGUGCCGCCUCGCCGCGCGCUUCCACCGCGUCCACGGCGCCAAUGUCCGCCUGGACGCCUCGCGCACGCGAGCCACCCGCGUGGAGAGCUUCGCCAACGGGCUCUGCUUCAGCCAGGAGCCGCUGGCACCCGGGCAGAUCUUCCUGGUGGAGAUCGAGGAGAAGGAGCUGGGCUGGUGCGGGCACCUGCGCGUGGGGCUGACGGCCCACGACCCCCAGAGCCUGGAGGUGGUGCCCGAGUACUCGCUGCCGGACCUGGUCAACAUGGGGGACACCUGGGUGUUUGCCAUCACGCGGAGCCACAACCGUGUCGCGGUGGACAGGGAGGAGGCGCGGGCACAGAGCCCCCCCUGGGAGCCCUUCCUGCUGAUCGAGCAGGUGAGGAUCCCCCGCGACACGCUGGUGGGGCGCAGCAGGCCCGGGCGCUACAGCCACAUCCUGGACGACCUGUACAAGAUGAACGUGCUGCCCGCAACCGCCCGGCGCAGCCGGAUUGGUGUGCUGUACGCCCCACAGCCCGAUGGCACCGCUGACAUGCACAUCGUCAUCAAUGGAGAGGACAUGGGGCCGAGCGCCAGGCGCCUGCCUGCCGCCCGCCCGCUCUACGCCGUGGUCGAUGUCUUCGCCUCCACCAAGAGCGUCCGGGUCAUCCCGGUGGAAUACGGCUUUCCCUCCCUGCAGACCCUCUGCCGGCUGGUCAUCCAGAAGCACGUCGUCCACCGCCUGGCCAUCGACGGCCUGGACCUGCCCCCGCCGCUGAAGAGCUUCUGCAAACACGAGUGAGGAGUUGAGGGUGUUCACCGCACCAACAGCUCCACCAGCGCUGGCCGACAGGCUGCCCAGGCAGGAUCUGUGCCCCCAGCUGCCCCCUCCACCUCCUGGGGCCCACCGGCACGUGGUCCCCUUCGCCCCGAGGGUGCCUGCCCACAUGGCACGUGCUGCCAAAGGGCCGAUGCGAGAGCACGAGCAGCAUGGCAGAGCGACUUUCCUCCACGAAGACGGGUGCGACAGGGCCGGUGCGCGGGCAGGAGGGUGGCGCAGGGCAGAGCGAGCAAUA